AUGAUUCAUCCGUCGCGGAUGGCGUAUGUGGAGGACGCCGAGGAGGAGGGCCGGCCAAGGGGCAUUGACCUGGCGAGCAUUCCCCUUGAACAUGACUACGAUAUGCCAAUGACGGCCUCGGGCAUGCCGGCCGAGAAGGCAUCGGAGCUCCUCGCACAGCUGGCCCGGAAAAAGAUCGCGGCAACGGUGUCUGUUCCAAAGGAGGACGCAAAAGUGCGCGAGAAGCUCAUCGAGAUCGGCGAGCCCAUUAUUUACUUUGGCGAGACGAACCAGGAACGAAAAGCACGACUGCGGGACUUGCUGGCAGGCAUAAUUGCCGACCGCAAUGCGGCGGCCAAGGCGGCAGCGGGCGGCGGCCCUGGCGGUGAGGACGUGGACAUGGACGACGCCCUGGGUAGCAGCGACUUGGACGACGAAGAUGACGAGGACGAUGAGGACGGGCCCCAGGAAUUCUACACAUCGGGCGGGCCCGACCUGCUGCAGGCGCGCCUGGACAUCACGGCCUACUCCCUGCCUCGCACGCGUCGGCAGGUGGCCUUGCAGCGCGCCGAGUCGGCCAUCCCGCUGCGCACGCACGUCAAGUUCCGCGACCAGGUCAAGAGCAAGCUGCGCGACUUUGAGCUGCAGGCCAGCCAGCCGAUUGGCGACCGCAACGUUAGCAUGACGCGCAUCUCGCCGAGCGGGCAGUACGUGGCGGCCGGCAACUUUGGCGGCUCGCUGGGGCUGUACCGCGUGCCCGACCUGGAACACACGCGCAGCCUGCGCGGCCACACGAGCAAGAUCAGCGGCCUGUCGUGGUUCCCCGGUGCGACGCUUUCCGAGUCCGGCGUGUCGGCCGCGGCGGUCAAUCUGGCCUCCGGCGGCGCCGAGGGGCUCGUGAACCUGUGGUCGCUGGACCAGGAUACGCCUGUGGCGACGCUGACAGGCCACGACCAGCGCGUGUGCCGCGUCGAAUUCCACCCAUCAGGCAAGUUCUUGGCGUCCGCGUCCGAGGAUGCUACGUGGCGCCUGUGGGAUGUACAGCGAGCGGGCGAGGAGGGACCACCUGGUGGCGGCACCGACGGCGGGCCAAGCAGCGCCCAAGUCUUACGCCAAGAGGGGCACUCGCGUGGUGUGUACGCGGUCAGCUUCAACACCGAUGGGUCGCUGAUUGCGAGUGCGGGCCUCGACAGCAUCGGCCGGAUCUGGGACCUGCGGUCUGGCCGCACGGCCAUGAUCCUAGAUGGGCCCCUCGACGGCCAUAUCAAGCCCAUCUACGGUCUGGACUGGGCCGCCGAUGGCCACCGGUUGCUGACUGCGUCGGCCGACGGCUGGAUCAAGUGCUGGGACAUUCGCAAGGUGCAGCGCACCGGCGGCAUUGGCGCACACUCGAGCACCGUGUCUGACGUGCGGUGGUUCAAGGGACUGGACGAUGGCCUUUUGGGCACGCCGCCCGGCACUGACCCGGAGACGGGUGUGCAGCAGCCCAAGGUAUCUGGGACGUUCUUCGUGUCGGGCGGCUUCGACCAGAAAAUCCAGAUCUACUCGGCCGACGACUGGGCGCUGGUACAGACGCUCACCGGCCACACGGGCCCGGUAUCGAGUGUGGACGUCAGCCGCGACGGCAUGUGGAUUGUGAGCGGUGGUCACGACAAGACAGUCAAGCUGUGGGGCCGCGAUGACGGCUCGAGUCUUUACUCUACCUGA